AUGAACAACGACAUGCAGCUUCAACAGUUUAGCAAUAUCAGUACAACAUUACUCCCACGUAUUCCAAAUGCUGAAAAUCGAAAUUUGGAAACAAAGAUUGACACAAAACAACAUCGAUUUCAAAUUGUGCAAAAUGAUUUGGAAGAUAAUACGCUGAAAGUGCGCAUGUUAGAAGAUCAUUUGAAAAAUGUACAAGACGAAUUGGGCACAACACAGGACGAAGUUUAUCGUGCAAAUCAACAAUUUGAUGAAAUGAAAUCUCAAAUGAAAUGGGAUCAACAAGCAUUAGAAGCAUGGCUUGAAGAAUCAGCACAGAAAGAUGAAGAUGUUAUGGCACUAAUGAAAUACACAAGACAAGAUGAAGCUAAAGUGAAGGAGCUUAUGUUUAAAAUAGAGCGUAUGACUGAUGAAAGUAGUAAAAAGAAACGAGCUGUUGAAAAUGAAAUAAUGGAUACAACGGGUUUACAAGUAGAAUUAGAUAAAACUGCGAGUAAUUUUCGCAAGGGCCAUGAACAACGUCAACAAUUAAUUCAAAAUUGGGAACAGAUAAUUGAACAAAUGCAAGGGAGAGAUCGUGAUAUUGAUUUAUUGGCUGCACAAUUGGUCAAAAUAAAAGCGGAAGCACGUUCUGUUGAAGAAUUAAUUAUCGAGAAAAAAGAAUUUUAUGAUAAUGAACAACGUAAUAAUAAUGAAAGACAAUUACAAAUGUCCAUAGCUGAAAGACAGGCAGCUAAAUUUCGUUUACAAUAUGAUGAAGCAGAAAAAAAUCGUUUACUAUAUGAAAAUGAGUUAUCUGGAUUAAGGCGUGUUGUUAAACGAACAGAAAAAGAUAAAGAAAUGGCCUAUGCAUUACUUGGUCAAAUGAAAAAACAAUUGACUGAACAACGACAACAACUUGACGAUUUACGUAUUCGGAAACGUGAAUUAGUUGAUAGAAAACGUGAAAUAUUAGAUACUAAAUAUACGGCUGAAGAAAAAGCAACAAAAAUGGAAAAAUUAUUUGUUGAUGAACAAGAACGUGAAAAUCAAUUAAAUAAUGAAUUAAAGUUUUUAUCAGAAAGAAUGUACAAAAUCACCCAACAGAUAUUUGAUUAUAAAACAAAAGAAAAAAAUUUAGAUGCAGAAAUAAAUGGUUCAAUUGUAACAUUAAAUAAUUUACAAAGUAAAACUGAUAAAUUAGAUCAUGAUGCAUUGAAACAACAAGAAGUACUCUACCAUCAAGAUUUUGAAAUACAAUCGUUAGAACGUCGUAUUAAUCGUAUGCAAGGUGAAAAGAGUACAGAUGAGCAAGCCGAAUUAGAACGUAAAAUAAAUGAUUUACAAAUACAAUUACAACAAAAACGUGAUGAUCAUGUUAUAUUAACAAAUCAAACAAAACAAAUACAAGAAGAAACAAGACGAUUAAAACGUUCAAUUGAUGAUACAUCAAAAGAAAGAGAAAAACAAGUAUCAAAAAUUGAAGAAUUAGAUUUACAUUCGAAUAAUGCACAACGAGAAAUUCAAAAAUUAAAUGAACAAAAAGAAAAUUUAUUAGUCGAAGAACAUCUAAUGAAAAUAGAAAUAAAACGUUUUAGAACAUCGUUGUAUUCACAUUCGGAUACAGUAAUGACUUUAGAAACAAGAAAGUUACAAUUACAAACGGCAAUUAAAGAACGUCGUAGUGAAAUAAAUAUUCAUCAAUCAACACUUCGACAACAACUACUUGACGAGCAAACAAAAACAAGUGAAGUAUCUGGUCAAUUACAUGAUAGAAUAGCUAAAAUAGAUAAAUUAAAAAAACGAUAUCAAAUUGUUAAUAUUUCGAUGGCGCCACCUGAAGGUGCUGGCGAAGAAGAAUCAUCUCAAACAUAUUAUGUUAUCAAAGCUGCACAAGAAAAAGAAGAAUUACAACGUGAAGGUGAUGAACUAGAUGCAAAAAUUAGAAAAGCUGAACAAGAAUUACGCGCAUUAGAAAAUACAUUGAGAAUUGUUAAUACAGGAAAUAACAUAACAAAAGAUUCAUUUAAAAAAUUAACUGAUUCAAGUGACGAGUUAGCAAAACUAGAAGAAUUAGAUGAACAAUCGAGACAUAUGAGAGAUAAAUUGGGAAUAAAACGAAAAAAAUUGAAGGAAUUACAAGAUGAUUUGACUCGUAUGGAACGUGCAAUAAACGAUCAAUCAAAUGAAAAAAAUAAUAUGAAUGAAAUUGUCUUUGAAAAACAUAAACAAUAUAAUCAAUUACAAGUAGAUGUGAAUGAUUUCAGAGAUAAAAUAAAUCGAACAGAAAGUCAAAUUGGACGUCGAAAAAAAGAGGCACUUGGUACGAAACGUGCAAGUGAUCUAUUAAAUGACGAACAGGAUAUUGAAGUACGCUUACUGCAAGAUUAUAAAACUAAAAUAUCAGCUCAAAUAGAACAAAUUGUAUCUGUGGAUCAAGAUGCAUUACACCAUUAUAAUAUGCUCAAACAACAGUUUGAACUUGCCGGUCCUACAAGUGGUGUUGGUACUCCAUCCUCUUCUUCAAGAACAAGUUCAACACGUAGUUCAACAUCACAACAACGUUCAACAAGACCAGCAAUGCCUGUUAGAGAAGUUCAACUCGAUUUAGCUGCUACUCGUCCACCAACUAACGGACAUACGAAAAGACCAACGUCAAGAGGAUCAUCCACGACUAGUUCGUCUUCAACAUCAUCUUCACGACGUUUACCAAAAUAA